ACCUGCAGUUACAUCACGAAACUUUGACCGCCUUCUUUCGUCGAACCACACAGACUUCAUCGCGACCUUUUCUGGCAGACCCUCCUCUUCAUCCAACCGCAGACGAGACCUUGUUGACCCGAAAGAACCGCAACUAUUGGUUGCGUCCAAAAUGUCCCUCCUCCGUCUCCCACGGGAAGAGCUUUUCUCGGAGCGCCCCGAGAGAGACGCUAAACUGACGACGUGUCUAAGUUAGGUGACGGUCAGAGAAACGUCAGCAGAGACCGACAAUCACACCAAGCUGUAGAAGAACGUCUCCGUAUUGAACGAGCGGUGGGUGAGAAAUCUGUUUGCAAUCAUUUAACUUGACGAGGUUCUGAGAGACAAAGUCAAGUCAUUGUUAUGCAUCCUAGGUUUAGUAGAUCUAACAGUCGCUCAUGAUUAUAACCGAAGUCACGCUCUCCUUCACAGCUCACUUCAUCAUCAUGUCAAACACCUCGACUUUGAACCUAAACUCCAGCGUCUCCGGGUGGCACCGUCUGCCGUGGUAUCAGUUCGAGGAGUGUGCGGAGGCUCCUCACUGGUUUCUUCUGUACUAUGGUGUGAAAGUGUUGAAUCUGGUUGCAGGCGUUCCCCUGAACGUCCUCGUGUUGUGGCAGAUUCUGAGAAAGAAGAGCGAAAGCUCAACAUCCGACGUCUUCAUUUUCAACCUCUCCAUCCUGGACGCUUAUUUUGGCCUCAUGACGCCUGUUGAUCUUUCCAACCGGCUGUAUUUCAACGACGCGUCCGUCUGGUACUCUGUGCGAUUCGCCUAUGGGCUGAAAGACGUGACUCCGUUAUUCCUCACCUGUAUUUGUCUGGAUCGCUACAUCGCCGUGGUCCAUCCCAUCCUGUUCACCGGGAUCCGUGACACUCGAUUCCGAAUUGGCGUCUCGGCGGUGGUGUGGGGACUCAUCCUGGCCUACUCGCUGACCAAAACCUUUUUGGGCGUCAUGAGCGUGAACGAGGUCUUUAGCGGCGUCAUCCUCUCUGCCUUCUUCAUCAUGGUGUUCUGCAACCUCUCCAUCAUCUGGGUCCUCAGGAAGAGCGUCGCAGGGAAAGAAGCCAUGAACCCGGUGAAGAAGAAGGCCUUCAAAAUGGUGAUUACCGUCCUGGCCAUCAUCGUGGGGAACUAUCUGCCUCCCGUGGCUCUGAUGCCGUUUGCGUCCACCUAUUCAUUCGUGACGUUCCGCUGUAAGAUCAGCCUCUGCGUGUUCUCCAUCAUGGACCUGAGCUGCACCAUCGAGCCUUUGCUCUACAUCUCUAAGAUGGAGCGCUCCACGUUUUGUCAUUGCCUUCAGAGCGCCUGAAGUGUGCGUGAUUUCAGAUUCUUGGAGUGUCUGUCUCUCUGUCUAAUCUAGGGAUCUCAAUCCCUGCUCCUGGAGAGCUGCUGUCCUGCAGACUUUAGUUCCAAUCCUUCUCCAACAAACAUGCCUGGAAUUAUCAAGUAACCCUGAACACCUAGAUUAGCUGUUUCAGGUGUGUUUGAUUGGGUUGAAGCUGAAAUCUGCAGGACCGUAGCUCUCCAGGAACAAGGUCGCCCAGUGGAUCCCAACCGGUGGUUCGUGACCCAAACGUGAACCUCAGGUGUGUUGCGAUGGGGCACUGACAGCAUGAAAAACACUGUCUAAUAUUACAAUAAAUU